AUGGCUGUUACCAACCUCGUUCCGCCUGGAUGGCAAAAAUUCAUCCUCCUGGGAAUGUACAUUGAUGCCUCCUGCGUUCCCCUGGAGGAGAUGCGAAUCCCCUUUUUCUCUCCACCCCCCCCCUCCAUGAUAUUCUCUGCUUGCCCAUUUAACAUUUUUUUCCCUAUACCUUCACUGCCUGCCACCCCCUACCCAAUUGUGAUGCUCGUUUUGGCAAUUUUUCUGGACGCAGAUGGCCAGGUUCUACAGGUAGUUCAAAUCCGCAAUAUUGCAAUAUCACAAGCAGAGGAGGAUUUUCAGACGUCAUCGGACACUGCCGGCGGAGUUUCGCGUCUUCUCAAGCUCACUCUAACUGAUGGCAAGCAUACCAUAUCGGCUCUUGACAUCGACAAUUCACCCAAAUUAUCGUAUGAAACGCCUCCGGGGACCAAAAUUCGUCUAACUGGCCGCAUUCAAGUUCGAGUCGGUUUUCUUAUUCUCCGACGAAAUAAUUUCGACGUUCUCAAGGGGUCCGUGGAUUCUCUUUAUCGCGAAUGGCUUUUAACGCGAGACGCCAGGGGGCUACGCCGUUCCCAGCAAACCGGUCCCGAUGCACCUCCACCGUUUGUUCCAUUUGGAAGCCCAGAGGCCUCCGCAAUGAUCGACUCCUACAACCAGUUUCUGAAUCGCCUUCGCAGCAGAAAUCGUCGCCCAGAGGAUACAUUUGACUCCCUGAAAUUGGCGAUGAAUUCCACAACUAAGGUCAACUCUCCCAUGGGAGAUGAUUCAGACUUUCAACAAAGACGACGGGAGAUUUUGGCGGAGGCUCAAAGCGCUCUCUCCACCGGUGAGGCGGCGGCGGUGCAGCACACUUUUCGAGUUGGUGGAUCAAAAUUUCAGCAAGAGCGUGUCAACAUGGCGAUUGAACGGGACCGCAACUUAGCCCAGCUGGUUUCUAUGGGUUACCAGCCACACGAGGCCAGUGUCGCCUUAGAGGAAGCGAAGAACAAUCUGGAAGGCGCAAUUGAUCGGCUAACGUCACGACAGUUUGGCCGUUCCCUUGACAUUAGACGUGAAACAAGGGAUCACGGACGCGGCAGACGUGGUGGCGGCGGCCGUGUUCGCGGACCGGAAGAAGGACGUGGUCAACGAGGUCGCGGCCCUCACUUUGACAUUGAAGACGAUCCGUGGUUUGAUCCUGUCGCUGCCGCUGAACAGUCGGGCCUUCGCGGAAAGCCCUCGAGUGGGCCUGUGCCCCUUUCCGAGUUUAUGGAGAACCCACCGCCUUCAGCAGUGCAGUCGAAGAAGGACAUCCAGUGGCGGACAGGUGUCGCUGCGCAAAGCGCCAGCCAAAGCACGCGCCUCCCACAGGGCACCAUCCUCUUAGCCCCCGUUAUGUCCGGGGAAUUUGAAGCAGCUCGUCUAAUUGGUAUGCUGCCCGACAGGGUGGAAGGUGAACACGUGGCUGUCGUAUCCUAUCUGCAGGGAGACGAGGAGCACGUACCUGUCAGCAUGCUUCGUACUAUGGAAAAGGGAGAGGUGACCGCCGAUAUGCUUCCCGUCCUUCGAGUUGCGGAGUCUCCUCGGACGGGACCGUCAAAUAGAGGCCAACCAAGUGGCCCUCGUCAGCACUCUGGCGGUAGAGGUGGUGGCGUAGCAGGGAGGAGAGGAGGGGCAGGCCAGUUUGGCGGGCCGUCCCGGCGUGGACGCGGGCGUGGCAGACCUCGACGCAUUUAA